AUGGACCAUCUCCUUCAAACUGUCUCUGGUUCGGAGAUGAUGUCGAUGCUUGAUGGUUUUUUUGGAUAUAAUCAAAUCGGUGUAAAACAAGAUUAUCAACAUAAGACAACUUUCACUACUCCGUGGGGAACAUUUGCCUAUAACCGUAUGCCUUUCGGUUUGAUUAAUGUUGGUGCCACCUUUCAACGUGCAAUGGAUCUUUCUUUUGGUGACUUAAGAAAUAAAAUUAUUAUUGUAUACCUAGAUGACUUAACUGUUUUCUCCAAGAAACGUGAAGAACAUGCUUAUCAUUUGGAGUGUGUGCUACAACGUUGUAGGCAACAAGGUAUUUCAUUGAACCCAAAGAAAUCCAUUUUUGGAGUGACAGAAGGGAAAUUAUUAGGUCACAUUGUUUCGAAAGAAGAAAUUACAAAAUCCAUUGUUGACAUGAUGAGAGAUAAUGUCAAAUUCAAAUGGUCAGAGGAAGGAAAAAGGGCUUUCAAUCAGAUCAAGUCAGCCAUUGCGGAUGCAUCUACAUUGGUUUAUCCAGAUUUCUCCAAAGAUUUCAAUGUAUAUUGUUAUGCUUCUGACACUACAUUAUCAGCAAUAUUGACCCAACAUCAUAAUGAAAACAUUGAGGCACCGAUUUCUUUUAUGAAUACUGCAGUGAAGACCAUACUCACACAACAAGAAAUUCGUAUGAGCAAGCGAGCCUCUUGGAUUGCAAAGAUUCAAGAGUAUGAUAUCGAUAUCAAACCAACCAAGCUUGUUCACGGGCAUGGGUUGUGUAAGCUAAUAGCUGAGAAUAAUUCUAAUGGGAAUGUUGCUCAAGAGUCUGAACUACCUUUGAUUUUAUUUGUUAGCACCACAGAUGAGUGGUGUGUAGACAAACAACAAAGAAAGAAGCUCCUUCAGUUCUUUCAUAAUGAAGCCUGUGGAGGGAUUUUUUCUUCCUCAGUAACGGCUUUCAAAAUAUUGAGAAAUUGCUAUUAUUGGCCUGGAAUGUUCAAAGAUGCAGAUGAGUGGUGGGGACUAGAUUUAAUCGGUCCAAUCCAUCCUCAUUCCAGUGCGGGUCAUACUCACAUCUUGGUAGCCACUGAUUAUUUCACCAAGUGGGUUGAAGUAGCUCCUGUUAGACGAACAACAUCAGAAUUAGUUUGUGACUUCAUCAAACAAAACAUUCUUGUAAGAUAUGGAGUUCCGCAGAAAAUCAUCACCGAUAAUGCUACCAACUUCUCUUCUUAUGAAAUAUCGGCUUUCUGUUACAAGUAUGGAGUUAUACUUUCACAUGCAUCUGACUGUUAUCCUCAGGGAAAUGGUCAAGCUGAAGCGAGCAAUAAGAAUAUCAUCACUAUUCUCUGCAAGUUAGUCGAUAAAAAUCAGAGAAUGUGGCAUAAGUAUCUAUAUGAAGCACUGUGGGCUGAUCGUACUAUGAAGAAGCGGGCUAUCAAGAUGUCUCCAUUCGAAUUAGUUUUUGGUGCGGAAGCUAGAUUACCUAUUCCAUUGGAAUUAGCUUCUCUUAAGUUGCAAGAAGUAGUCAAAAAUUAUGAAUUUAAAGAUGCAUUGGAAAAAUGGAUAUUGUACUUAACCAAGAUGGAAGAACAGAGAGAAACAGUAGUGGAUAGAAUCAGAGAACAUCAAAUGCGAGUGAAAGAACUGUUUGACCAGGAAGCAAGGGAAAGAUCUUUUCAAGUUGGCAAUCUGGUCCUGUUAUGGGAUAAACAAAGAGAACCAAAGGGAUUACAUGCAAUAGUAGAGGAUGAGGAGGAGGAUGAGGAGAUGGGUGUGGAUAUUGAGGGGAGCAACAAAUUUGGGGGAGAUAGUGAUGAGUCUUUUUUGGAGUCAUCUAGUUCAGAUGAAGAUGAGGUUGAGGAGGAUGAUCAUGAUAAUGGAGGAGAUGAGAUGGUCAUGGGAGGAGAGGGACCAUCAAGUGGAGGUGAGGAUAGUGGUGGAGUGGGUGGAGAUUAA